CGGUGCGGUCUACGCUUAAUUUCGUCACUAUAGAUUUGUGAAUUCUACUCAAUAAAAUUGUGUUUUGAAGACUAUUCCGCCAUUGUAAUAAAAAUUGUCUUUGUCAGUUGUAACGUGCAAGUGAAUUGUUACGUGGGUAUUGUUCUUAUUUGUAUACGUUUGUGCAACGGGCUGAAAGUUUUUUUACAGUGCAUCAUUUCCUGUUCUAUAUUGUACAGAAACAAGCAAUAGAAACGCGCCGAACGCUUUCGGGGUAAGCCUCGCAAUACGGCUCGUAGGAGCCGGCGAGGUGAACAAAGAAUGAAUUUAGUAAACAAUAAAGUGAAGUGUAAUUGUGUUAGUUAGUCUCAAUAAAUAGUGUUCAAGUGGGCGUUACAUCAUUUCAUAAUGAUUGAAUUUGGGAACCCGCCCUGACGCGAUUAGCGCCGGCGUCCGCGGCGGGCGGCGCUCGUGUCAUGGCCCCGGCGCUUACUGUAACUCCGCAAACGACACAUUACGACGUGGUCAACGAGACUGAAAUAUUAGCCCACCGAAGACGGGCCCUUGCGUCCGUCAAUAACCUCUCAACACACAUGGAGGAAGAUGAUAUGGGGCUGCAGAACCAGCCUAGUUUGGCGAAAGAUUCGCAGGAGAUGGAACAAAUCCUUGUGGAUCUGGGCAAUAGUGACUUAGUUCAAGCUGAUUUGCUUCAAGCUAUUAAAACUCUGGAGAGUGGGGGAGAUGUUUUGUCAACUGGUGAUCCAGAUGCUAUAUUUCCUCUGUCAAGCUUUGAUUUGCCUGAAACGGUUGAUUCAGAAGGUGAUGCAGCUGAGGAUAAAAUCAGACUUUUGCAGGCUAGGUUAGAACGAAGAUGUGCAUUUUUGUUAAGAAGAUUAAGAAUAUUACAAGCUCGUUCUGUUGGAAAAAGAGUAGCUGAAGAAGUCACACAAACCUUUGAAAAAUGUACUCGAGGUGCAAGAAAAGAUGGUGGUGGACGACCAAUAGGUUUAAAAGCCUUUAUUAAAAGAGUCGAUACCACAUCCGGCCUACAAGCAAGUGCUGCUUCUAGGACUGUAGUUGGUCCAAAAUAUUAUAAUGCUAGUACUUCUAGAGGUGAUGCAACCAGAUCUGCAUCUUUAGGGGUUCCUUCAGGCACAUUAAAUGGCUUAGAGGAUACAGCUGGUAGCUUGCGUUUUCAUUUAUCAGUGGUGAAGCAACAAUUAGAUUCAGAUGCAACUGAUUCUUCAUCUGGAGCAGAGAGUAAUGACGAGGCUGUUGUAUAUAAUAACCAACAUCAACAGCACAUGCCUAUUGAGAAAAGAGCAUUAUGGUCUUGGCAAAAGGCUCGUGCAUCAAUUGCAACACGUUGGUGCUGGCUACAGGCACAGAUUCAGGAGUUGGAAUAUAAAAUAAGACAGCACAGUGAUUUGCAUAAGCAGGUCCGCGAGGCAAAGGGUCGUAUAGAAUUUGAAGGUGAACCUGUCGGUUAUGAAGGGAGCCUCCCAGGCGAUGAUUCUCCCUGCACCUGCGCCAGAAUACGACCCUUGCGUCGGGAGACGUUUAAGAAACGAAAGUUAUUGCAAAUGCACAAUCUGCAUCUUGCUACUACUAAAGCGGCUAAACCCAGUGAUGUUAAGUGCAGCUGCGUGAACCCAUUGGAGUCGUGCGCUGUCUGCACGGGCCGAGCCGAGUCCACUCAGCCGCAGCCGCCUUUCUCUACAUUGUCUCCUGCGCAACGCCUAGCUCUCGUCGAUCCCAGCUACCAUCCUGUGCUUAGCACUAUAAAAGAUGUGCCACCAUCAGUUCACAUGAGCGCGCUCACGUCUCGUCCGUGGUUCCGGUCUCGCAUCAAGUCCUAUCGCGGCGCGCAUAAUUCAUCUAUCACAAAACAAACGAUUCAAGCUUCGCAGCCCACACAGGCAACUUCAAUGACUACCAAACGACAUCCUACCAGAUUGAAACGAGGCAGACCGCCGCUAUCCCGCAAAGUUAAAGAGCGUGAUCGUGACGACGAUACUUCGACAUCUGGACAAGAACGUGGGCGCGGUCGAGCAAGCACAGAAUCGCGCGGCUGGAGGCGGCAGUCGUUCGAUAUCGAUAACAUCGUGAUACCACAAAGCAUCGCUGCUAACACACGGCCUGAAAUACUCACCUAUAAGGAGAUUCUAACGCCUAAAUGGCGAAUAAUGGAUAUAUCAAGACCUAAAUUGAAUAAUGGGAUUAACAAUUCCAAUCGUAUGUCGGUAGACGGAAGUGAGGAAGAAGAUGUAUCUGAAAUGUCACUAUAUCAGCGACACGCCCGCGCUGAAACCCAAGAGAGGAACCGAUUUCUGCGCAAACAGCGGUCGAGAAGGAAUAACGCUGAACCACCCUUAGACCCAGUACCUGUACAAAAUCAUACACAGAAACCACAGCCAAACAUAGUACUACAAAACAACCAACAAAGCAGUGAGGCUGAGAACCCAUAUACACCACGGAGUUUCCCGCUACAAGACGAAGUUUACCAGGACAUGUUAUCUUUCAUGCCCGAGUCAUACCAGCCCAGCUGUAGUCCAUCUCCGAUUCCGUCACCUCAGGAAGAAGAAUUGGAAGAUUCCAGCACAUUAUCACCAGCAUCCCUACUUAUGUAUGAAGGGGAUGACCCCGAUGAUGCAGAAUGGAAUCCGAGUGCGGAGAAAUCGGAGCGUAAGAAAAGUAUACUAAAGUAAUUCUCUACUUGCUUCAGUUUGUAGUGGUCCGAAACAAAUCUAUUUGAGCAAUUAAGCCAUUACCUUGUUUUGGGUGUGCUGAAGACGUCAUGGGUAAAAUAAGUUUUGAUAGUUCUUUAAACUGGUUUUGGUUGUUUUAAGUGGUAUCUGAACUUGUUUUACAGAACUAUAGUUCAAAGUACUAUAUCUUUCAAAACAUGGUGUAGAAUAUUGGUCACACCUAUUUUGGGUUUAUCGGAAAGUACAAAGUAGUCUGUCAAUGUCAUAGUUACAAAUGUUUACAUCGAUGGUAAUAAAUAUAAAAAUUACUAAGUUGGUUCUAGACAAAAGUUGGUAACUUUAUAUAUAAUUGAAAAUAGGUUCUCACGGUAUUUUACUGAUUUUAUUUGAUAAAUUAGAGGUCUGAUAUAUUUUAAUUAAUUAACAUUUUAAGCUAACUGGAUGACAAGUUAAGCUUAAGGCACUUAGUUACAAAUGUUAUGUACACAUAUUCCAGAUUUGCGCGCAGAAGCAUAUUUCUUGUCUGUUUGUUAUAAAUGCUUUUAACAAGUUAUAUAUAAAUUAUAAAUACUUUAUUGUUACUUUUCAUCUUCUAAAAGUACUAAGAUGUGUAGUAAAAGAAAUAAAAGGUGUUUUGUCAUCUAAGUAUCUUUACAUUAUUUGUUAUUAAAGGAUGUAGAGAAAUUAACUUUUAUGAAAUGUCUAUACCCAAACUACACAUAUUGCCUGCUUUGUUCUGAAUGAUGGUUAUUACUGCAGCCAAAAUCUUAAUAUUAAAUCCUGUAUAAAAACUAAAAAAUUAAGAUAACAGUGGUAAGAAAAUUUCAUAGCAUUUUGAGGACCUAUUCUUUGUAAUUUAUUUUCGCAUCAAAGGGAUACAUUGAUAUUUGUAUUAUUGUUUAUUUGUUGGUUUGAAUGUAACGGUUAAGCUUCAGUAACUCAUUCAUUACAUCACUACUGAACUACUGUAAACAAUGUAAAUUUUCUGGUUUUAGUUAUUUUUAUACUGAUAAUGAUAACUUGGAAAUAUUUGUUUUCUAUUUCAUUUUAUAUUUGCUGCUGUUGUCACUAAUCUGUGAGUAGCUAAUAUAUAAAAAAAAUACAUCGUCCCUUACAUUCCUUAGAACCAGUUAUUUUUUCUUUAGCCAAAAUUGUCAUUUUAAAUUGCAAGGUUUGCAUUUGACUUAAUCCAGUCAUGCUGUUGUAUUGUUAAUUGUUGCAGUUACAUCAAAACCUAUUGCAAUAAAUCGUCUUGGAAAUUUAUUAUCUGUACAGUAACAUCUGCGUUGUUUAAUAAUUGAUAAAGUAGAUGUUUUAAAAGUAUUAUAGUUUCAAGUACUAAUUUUAAUUUAAGUUGUAAGAGCCCGAACCGCUAAGCGAAUGUAAAUAAUUGAGCGGGCACUGGAGGCAACUAAUAGACUGGUUACAAUAAUUUGAAUCUCUGAAAGAGUUUUCAGUUCCGACUUUGUUUGGACGCAUCAAUUAAUUCGAUGUUUUGUACAUAGAUAUGUGUAAAUAGCUUCAUAUGGCUAAAUAUGUAGAUAAAUCCUAACAGUCUUCAAUACAUACAGAAAAAGGGGACUUUUCUUUUUUGAUUGCCAUUGGUAUGAUUUGGUUUGUAAAUAUUUAAAAGCAGUUUUUUUCCAGUCAAUUUUGCAUUUUUUGUGUAGUUUAUUUGUAAAAAGGUGUACAUGUUAUUUUUAAUCCCCUAAAACUGUUUAAAGAAGCCAAAGUCUUCUGUUAUUAGAAAUAAGUUAAGGAUUGGAAUGUAUUGGAGAAAUAUGCUUGAAAAUGUUGUAUAUGUUUAGUAUGCAGAAUAAAAACUUUAAUUCUUA